AUGGAAGACGUAGAAACGGUAAAAGUCGACGCUUUGGAGCGUGUUGACACUGAAUCUGUCCUUAAUUAUGACACGGUACUGGAAAGGAAGCCAUUGCGCAGCAAUGUCGCCUCGUUCCUAAAAAGAUAUAGUGCCGUUCUCGUCAUUUUGACAGCAGUGCUAUUGUUUACCGUCACAUUUGCAGCAAUAGCAUUGUCAUCAGGCAGAAGCGCAAUCAGAAAAAACAAAGAACUCUUGUCAGUAGAAUUUGAAAAGCUUCAAUUCGAUAACUUUGUAACCAUCAAAGGAGAAAGGCAAGAAGACUUCCCAAGAUUAGUAGCUGAAGUUCUCUACAAAGUCGCCGUUGAAUUCGACCCAAAAGAAGAAGCCUUGAUAUACGUACACUUCAAUGAUUUCAACAAACACCACGAUAGGAAACACAACAACUACAGACACAAGAAAGCAUCUUACAACAACUUCAGAAAUAAUCUUAAUGAUAUAAACGAACAUAACUCAAAGCCAAACAUGUCAUACACCAAGAGCAUGAACCACUUCGGAGAUGUAUCACCCAAGGAUUUCAUGAAGAAGUACACCAAAAAAGUCAUUUUGAACCUACCAAAGGAUCAUGUAUCUCCAUAUAACAACAACAGGCCAAUGUCAGUUGACCUCAGAAACCAUGGUGUAAUGACCCCAGUCAAGUGCCAAGGUGAAAACGAACUGUCAUGGCCAUAUUCAGCAGUAGCAGUCGCCGAGUCGUUCGUUAAAAAGACCUCACAGAAAACCGUAUCCUUAAGCGAAAAACAAUUAGUAGAGUGUGUAACAGACAAGAAAUCAGUAAACAAUCCAUUCUUGGGUUACAAAUACCUUAAGGACUUGGGUCUGUUCCAAUCAGAAGUCAUAGACAAAUCGCCAUCCAAGUGCCCAGCAAUGGAAGGAGAAAGAUUCAAAGUACCAUCAUACUCAUACUCGUAUGAGCCAGAUUUGGUGGCACUCUUGUUGAAUGCAGGACCCCUCACAGUACCAGUAUCAGUCAGCCCUGAAUGGCAAUUCUACGCCGACGGAACCUUGAAUGUGUGUGGAGCUGAAUUGAACCACUACCUAACCCUAGUAGGUGUCAGCUUUGAUGAAAAAGGAAACCACUGGAUACUCAAAAAUUCCUACGGUGAAGAUUGGGGUAAGAAGGGAUACCUACUUUUGACUCGCAAUAGCAAGGAAUACGCAGAUGAUUGUGGAUUGACAUCCUUUGCAGUAUACGCAGUAUAA